CUCUAGGGAUGGACGGUCAGACCCUGCGGAAGGCCGAGAGGAGCCAGUCCUGCUUGCGGGAGAAGAAGGAGGGUUACACUAAGGACAUGGUGACAGACUUUGAUGAGAAACAUGAUGAGUAUUUAAUAUUGCUUCAGCAGAGGAACCGGAUACUGAAGCAUUUGAAGACCAAGGACCCCAUGCAGUUGAGACUAGAGCACUUGGAACAGGGGUUCUCUGUCUAUGUCAAUGGGGCCAAUUCUGAACUGAAGUCCUCGCCUCGGAAAGCUGUCCACCCCGACCUCUCCAGGAGUGCCUCGCACGCCGAGGGGACGCAGGAUGGCGGACGAAGAACCCUAUUUCGAGAAACUGAAGAAGCUUUAAGACGCAACUCACGGACAGCUCCCAGCAAAGUCCAGCGCAGAGGAUGGCACCAGAAAUCUGUGCAGAUCAGAACAGAAGCUGGCCCGCGGCUCCACAUCGAGCCUCCUCUGGACUGUUCUCAAGACUCUGAGCCAAGUGGGGAUGCGGCUGUCAAGGCCAAGGAUGCCUCCGGGGAUCACCCACAGGACACCAGCUCUCCCACCAGCACCACGCUCUGUGAUUUUAAUUUCUCCCUUCUGAACUCACGUGGAUGUCCGGACCCGCCAAGCAAUACAGACAAAGAAAGGAUCCUCUUAACUAUUCAGGAUGUGAUGGAGCUGAGAAAGAGCUUAGAACUGAGUGUAAAUCUGCGGAGGGACCCAAAGGACAGCUCCAGUGACGAGUCCGACUCCAUUGAAGAAGACGUCCUCUCAGAGCCCGAGGACCAGGCCCUGGAGGACCACGCCGGCGAGGGGGCCCCUCUUCCCAGUGGGGACUCAGUGCAGAACGGGGCUCCCACGGACCAGUUGACAGGACACCCUCCCCAGGGGCCGGACACCCUGGUGAUGCUGGAAUUCAACCCGGCUUCAAAAAGUAGCAAAAAGGAAAGGAAUUUGUCUGCCAAGCGGAAGGACAAUGCCGAGGUCUUCAUUCCCAGCAAGCCUGAGCCAAACCUGAGUCCCCAGCUACCUGCGGUGCUCCCAGACCAGGAGAGGAUGUGGUCAAGACCUGGCAGCCGAAGAGAGAGACCCCUGUCAGCAACCCGAAAACCCGUGCUAGAGGCUGAGGACCGAGAAGAAGACGCCUCGGCAGUGCUCCAAGCCAUCCGGGUGGAGAACGAAGCGCUGCAGAGGUCACUCCUCAGCCGGAAGACCGUGCCCCCUGCCAGCACACUGCCCGCACAGCAGCUUCCUACCACGUCAACCAGCACGCAGGAGCCAGCCAGGGCGGCAGGGGGCGCCAGAGCCGUCAGCGAGGCCAUCGACAGAAUCAGUCUUUUGGGAAGCAGACAACAGCAGAAGCUUCUCAAAGUCCUUCAGGCCCUCGAAAGUGACUCUGCCCACCUCAGCCGGGUUGUUUCUUCAACUGAGGAGCAAGUGAGAGACCCUGAGGGCAAAUCAAGACGGAAAGCAGAGGAAGACAAGGACGCUGCCUACGUGACCAUAGAAAUCUUAUCCAACUGGGGCAACACGUCAUGGGUGGGCCUCACGGAGGUCGAGUUCUUCGACCUGAACGACACAAAGCUUUACGUGUCCCCUCACGAUGUGGACAUCCGGAGCACGGCCUCGCCUGGGGACCUGGGCCGCCUGGUCAACAGGAACUUAGCUAGCGGGAAGGACCCCUCCCUGUGGACGUGCCCCUUCCACCCUCCGCUCCAGCUCUUUUUUGUGAUCCGCAACACGCGACAGACGCAGGACUUUGGUCUGGCCAAGAUCAAGAUUUGGAAUUACUGGAGUGUGGAUGGUGAUCUCGACAUCGGUGCCAAGAACGUGAAGCUUUAUGUCAAUGAAAACCUCAUCUUCGAUGGCAAGUUAGACAAAGGAGGCGGAGAGGCCCCGGCUGCCCAGAGCAUUCUGCUUGGCCUGAGGAACGAGGAUGAAAGAAUGGCAAGCUCUGCUCACACCCACUCGGAGCAAAGCAGAGAUGCCCGCAGGGGGCCUGGCACAGGCGGGGACAGGGAGCCGGGCCUCAGCUGCCCACCGCCAGCUGCAGCAGCGCUGGACGUGGCCUCUUCUCAAGGACAGUUCUCUGGCCAAAGGAUGAACUCUCCUGAUUGCGAGGAUGACAGCUUGUCCAAGUUAGAGGGAGAGCUCGGCGUGGCAGCUGCCCCGGCCUCUGAGGGGGGCCUGUCCCCUGCGCCUGCGCCUUCUCCACCAGCGGAAUGCCCCGUCCCCGCCCUGAUCCCACAGCUGGAAAACCCCACGGGCAGAAAAGUGUCAGAAGCGCCAGGGAAAACCCCUUCCUGGUUGCAACCUUCUCCCGUGGGGAGAGGCAGGAAGCCAAAACCCCUCUGGCUAAGUCCUGAGAAGCCACUGGACUGGAAAGGCAGGCUGCCCUCAGCGGACAUCGUGGCUGAGGGCAGUGGAGAGACUGAGGCUGAGGUGGGGGACAGAGGCCCCCGGCGAGAGCAGGGACAGGCAAGCAGCUGGAAUGCCGGGGCUGGCGAGAGAGCCCAGAGAGCGGCCCCCAAAGUCUGCAGUGACGACUUGGAUAUCUUUGACCGACCCCCCAACAGGGAGCACCCUGCUAGUGGGAGAAGGGGCCCUAGGAAGGACGCGCUCAGCAGCUGUCAUGGCGCCAGCCAGCCAGCCAGCACAGAAGACGCCCGGCGCCCCAGGACCCCACCCAGGCCCCGGUGGCCCAGCGAGCAGGAGCACUCGCUGCACGAGUCCUGGGACUCCCUCAGUGCCUUCGACCGCUCCCACCGAGGCCGCAUCUCCAACCUGGAGGCCCAGGGCGACAUCCUGGACGAGUUCCUGCAGCAGCAGAAGAGCAGCCGCCACAGCGAGCAGCCGCGGCCCCGGAAGGGGGAGAAGCAGGAGCCAGAGGCCGAGCAGCUCAACCACUGUGUGGAGACAGACGACGGGAGCGACUUCAAGAUCCCCGUCCUGCCUUCUGGGCAGCGCUUGGUCAUCGACAUCGCGUCUACGUGGGGGGACCGACACUAUGUGGGCCUGAACGGAAUAGAAAUCUUCAGCUCCAAGGGCGAGCCGGUGAAAAUUGCGAGCAUCCAAGCAGACCCGCCCGACAUCAAUAUUUUACCGGCCUACGGGAGAGACCCCCGUGUGGUCACCAACCUCAUCGAUGGGGUGAACCGGACCCAGGACGACAUGCACGUCUGGCUGGCCCCCUUCACGCCGGGCCAGUCUCACUCCAUCUCCAUCAAUUUCACGCACCCUUGCCAAGUCGCCCUGAUCAGGAUUUGGAAUUACAAUAAAUCCCGGAUACAUUCCUUCCGCGGCGUGAAGGACAUCACAAUGCUGUUAGACGAGCAGUGCAUCUUUAAAGGAGAAAUCGCCAAAGCCUCUGGAACCCUGACGGGAGCCCCAGAGCACUUUGGAGACACAAUCUUAUUCACCAUGGAUGAUGACAUUCUUGAGGCCAUAUUCUGUUCUGAUGAGACAUUCGACAUGGACCUGGAGAGCCUUUGCAGCCUGCAGGGUGAGGAGGCACUGAGGAGGCCCAGCACAGCCGAUGGCGAGGGCGAGGAGCGGCCAUACACCCAGGCUGGCCUGUGGGCCGAGGACCAGGAGCAGGAGCUACCACCCAGUUGCCCUCUCCCUGAAGUCACCACCCCAGAGCCAGGUGUCUACCAUGGAAUCUGCCUUCAGCUGAACUUCACUGCGUCCUGGGGGGACCUACAUUACCUGGGGCUCACGGGCCUGGAAGUGGUAGGCAAGGAUGGCCAGGCGCUGCCCCUCAGCCUGCACCAGAUCUCCGCCUCCCCCAGAGACUUAAAUGACCUCCCUGAGUACACCGAUGACUCCCGGACUCUGGAUAAGUUAAUCGAUGGAGCCAACAUCACCAUGGAGGAUGAACAUAUGUGGCUGAUCCCCUUCUCGCCCGGGCUGGACCACGUGGUCACAAUCCGCUUCGACAGAGCCGAGAGUAUCGCAGGCCUGCGCUUCUGGAACUACAAUAAAUCUCCUGAGGACACCUAUCGCGGGGCCAAAAUCGUCCACGUCUCCCUGGACGGCCUGUGCGUCUCGCCUGCAGAGGGCUUCCUCAUCCGGAAGGGGCCUGGUAACUGCCACUUUGAUUUUGCUCAAGAAAUCCUGUUUGUGGACUACCUGCAGGCUCGCCCGCUGCCCCAGCCGGCCCAGAGGAUCAACUCAAAAAGCCUGGAGCGGGCAAGUAUGGACUACGAAGCUCCCCUGAUGCCCUGCGGCUUCAUUUUCCAGUUUCAGCUUCUAACCAGCUGGGGUGACCCCUAUUACAUUGGUCUCACCGGCCUGGAGCUGUAUGAUGAGCGGGGAGAAAAAAUCCCUCUAUCUGAAAACAAUAUCGCCGCCUUCCCCGACAGCGUCAACUCCCUGGAGGGAGUGUGUGGGGACGUGCGGACGCCGGACAAGCUCAUCGACCAAGUGAACGACACCAGCGACGGCCGGCACAUGUGGCUGGCCCCCAUCCUGCCCGGCCUGGUGAACCGGGUUUAUGUGAUUUUCGAUCUGCCGACCACCGUGUCAAUGAUCAAACUGUGGAAUUACGCGAAAACGCCCCAGCGAGGGGUGAAGGAGUUUGGCCUCCUGGUGGAUGACCUGCUGGUGUACAAUGGGAUCCUGGCCAUGGUGGGCCACCUGGUCGGGGGCAUCCUGCCCACCUGUGAGCCCACGGUGCCCUACCACACCAUCCUGUUCACCGAGGACACGGACAUCUGUCACCAGGAGAAGCACACCGCCAUCAGUAAUCAGGUGGAGGAUCAGGAUGUCCAGAUGAUGAAUGAAAACCAGGUCAUUACCAACUCGAAAAGGAAGCAGAAGCAGAGCCCAGUGGACCCAGCCUUACGCCCCAAAACCUGCAUAAGCGAGAAGGAGACAGCAAGACGGUGGCGGUGCUGACUGGCUGUGGCGAGAGGGCUGGUCCCCCCCCACCAGGGUGGGCCCCACCGUUGCCCCCCAGCACCUGUGCUCCUCCCCUCAGCCCUCAGUAUGAACCAGCUGGGACCCAGGGGCUGGACAAGGGCUGCAGAUGGCAGGGAGCCUGUGGGCGAGAAGGGGUGGCUGGCCCUGGAGGCAGGAGGGGGCUGCUGUCAGCGGGUGUGGUCUUCCCUGCGUCUGGGACCAAAUACACCUCUCCUGUAACAUCCAGCCAAGCAGGACUCGAGUCCACUCACGCCUGUCGUGAGACACCUGGGCAGCGCUGGGUCCGGUCAGGACAGCUAGGUGGACUGGGGGUUCUGCCCUCCCAGGCUGCUCGGUGGCCAGAGCCUGGCUGAGCACAGGCCUCGCGGCCAGCACCGGUGGCGUGUCCCGUGAGGCCCUGUCUUCGGAGGCCGCCACGCUCACGUCCCUGCUGGGCUGGGUGUCGCUGGCGGCUGGCCGAGGGGUGGGUUUGUUCCCUCAAAUCCCACACAUGGAGCCAGGACUGCCACUGCCCCCAUUCAGCCCAGCCCCCGUGGAGGAAGGAUUCCCCCGAGAAACUGGACCUGCCGGGGCCUCUGCCUUCCUGUCAAGUCUGAAAAGAGAUUGAUUAAGGGCACGUGACCUGCCGAGGAAAGAAAAGAAGCCGUCCCCACCCCUGCAGGCCGGGCCCUGGUCUCCGCUGCGCUGCCGGCCCAGAUAGGACUGGCGGGCGGGCAGCUUCUGAGCCCACAAUCCAGCGCGGCCUGUCGGAGGCCCUUGCCGUGCCGGGAGACAGGACCCGUGCCACAGCCCUCCCUGGGCCCCCCACACUUCCUGCCUGCCCUUCCCUUGAACUUGGGAGGCAGGAGCGCUCCCUGCUGCGCCCCGUGUGAUCUGAGCACGGGCUUCCCUUGCUGCCUCUUCUGGCUGUGCCCUCCGAAGCAGGCUUGGGGGUCCAGCCCCCCCCUUCCAGCAGCUUCCCGUCAAGUUGGAAAUGUGCCUUGCACCCCCAGCCAGUGAGCCCCAAACGCAUCUAUUUCCAUCUAUGUAACAAGCUCGGAUCAGGGACCUAAUUGGUUUCCCAGCGGUGGGUAAUUUCUUGUUCCAAAUAUUAAUCCGUUGUUUUCCUGGCACCCGGCCCGGCCCGCUGCGUACUGUACUCCAAGUGGUUCCUACGCAACCGAGAGCCGGCAAAUACUUUAUGAGCUUUGCAGCUUCCGCUAGCAGCUAUGCAAAUGUGCUUUUCAUUUGGAGCUGGGGCUGAUGUGAAGAUAAGGAAUUGUUUUUCCCUGAGAAGAGCCUUCCGUUUCUGUAGCUUCUGAGACCCCAGCUUCUCCGCUCACCUUCCAGAUGUGGUGAGUGCCCUGAGGGGUCUGGCUCCCCAGAGAGCUGGGGGGCUGCAGUUCUGGGGCUGUCAGGCUGAUCAAACCAGCUCUUGGUGACCGAAACUGAUGCCGUCAAUUUCAAGGGGGCCCCAGCUCUUCACUGGUACAGGGGCGCAAGUUAGAUUUGUGGGGGAGAUUGCACAAACACCGGGCACCUCACUCCGGGGAUCACAAUUGAUGUUGAUAAUAAUUGUAUGUACCAUGCAAUUUAGGGAGGGAAAAAGCGCUGUGUAGGCAUUAAGUCUCAAAGAAAUUUCUAUUUUUUUCUCUAGCAAAAUCAA